CACGACACGGGAAAUGGUAGCAAUACUAUUAGCUAUUCUGUGGAUUCCAGCUCAUCACUUAUUAGAAUUAAAAACAUUUUUUCAGAAAGUAGACCAGACAUUUUGAUAGAAAUACAACAAACAUUAUUUAGAAUUAAAAUGAUGGGGUUAAAUGUCAUAUUUGCAUGGAUUCCAGCWCAUGUAGGUAUUAGAGGAAAUGAAAGGGCAGACAAAGUAGCAAAGGAGGCCACUAGACAUGUUUUAGUUGAGAUAGAUGUCAAAGUUAGUCAAACAGAAGUUAAAAGUAACAUAAAAAAGAAAAUGAAAGAAAAGUGGCAAAAACAAUGGGAAGAAAGAAAAAGGUCGAUGGCUUUAUAGGAUUCAGAGGAAAGUAGGAGAGAUGAGAAGUGAAGAGAUAGUUAUAUCACGUCUUAGAUUUGGACAUACAGGAUUAAACAGUACUCUGUUUUUAAUAGGGAAACAUGAUACUGGUAAAUGUGACUGUGGAGAAGAUGAAACGGUGGAACAUAUUCUGGUUAAACUGUACAGAAAUGAAAGAGCUCAAAUAAUUAAUAGACUUGAUUAAAUGAAAAUUAGAUUAAAUCCAUUUGAAAUUUUAUAAUAAAAAUUAGUUUCUGAUAGUUCUCAAGCUUUGAUUAAUUAUCUGAGAAUAGCUCGAUUAUUUGAUAUGACAUGAGUUUUAUUUUAGGUCGUUUCAGUCCACACUCCUAUCCAGUUGGUGGCGGUAAUGCACACUUGAAGAUUUUUGCAAACCGCCAAUAAACCCUAUAUAGAAGAAGAAUAAGAAGAAGACAGCUAUAAUGAGCUAUGAAGUGUGUUCUACCAGCAGAAAAAACAGCAUGUUGUUGUAAUUUGUUGUGAAAGCGUCAUGUCCGUGGUGCUUCAACGCAGCUCAGGUUGGGUUUUGGACUCAGGCUCGUUAAUAGACCGUGGCUAUCAGCAGUGCAUCCGGUGGACAGGCAGUAAUAAGUCACAUGUGAAGUGUAGUUUUAAACGGCGGUGUUUUCAGAUCAUAAAAAGCYAUUAUAACCAUAGUGGCUGUGCUUCUUUGGAAGGAGAACACACUGAUGUGCUGGAAAAAACAGAUAAACCAACAAAGAAGCGUAAGCGAAAACACAGUGAACUCAACCAAGGGGAAAUCGAUUCAAAGGCCUUCCACGAGAAGAUCGAGUCUGUUAUUCUGGAGGGAACCAAGCUCUUGGUGGAUUCUGCCCAAUCCCUUGGAUACCUCACUGGAGAGACAGAUGCAGUCAAAGAGCCUCUUCCUUCCCAGGAAUGCAGCUUUGCAGCUCUUUGCGAGAUGGCGAAAGAGCUUCCUCUAGUAGACGACGAGGAGCAGAAGGAGUGCGUUCAGCUACUUGUUACUGAAGAUGGCUGUUCUUCACAUGUUGACCUGUUCUCUCAGGUGACAGAGAACAGGGAGGACUGGGCCGCAGUGGUUACGCUGAUGGGAGAGGAGUAUGUCAUACCUCCUAAUACAGCUUUUCUGAUUUCUGAUUUCACAAGAAUGCAACCACUAGUCCAGUAUGGAAGGAGGUUUGAUCUUAUUGUUAUCGAUCCACCGUGGGAAAACAAAUCUGUGAAAAGGAGUCGCAGGUACAGCUUUUURCCUUCAACACAACUGAAACGCCUCCCCAUCCCACAACUGGCAUCUUCAGGCUGUUUAGUGGUCACCUGGGUGACAAACCGGCCCAACCACCUGCGCUUCGUUUGUGAUGAACUGUAUCCACACUGGGGUGUACAAGUUGUGGCCAAGUGGUUCUGGGUCAAGGUCACCACAUCUGGGCAGUUUGUGUUUCCCCCCGAUUCACAGCACAAGAAGCCCUAUGAGAUGCUGGUGCUGGGUCGAUGUUCUACCAGUACCCCCACAAGGUCUUCAACAAUGCCAGAGAUCGAAGAUAAGCGUUUGAUUGUCAGCGUCCCCUCAGCCCUGCACUCYCAGAAGCCCUCACUAUCAGAGGUGCUGAAGCCUUACAUCGGAGCUGAGGCCAAGUGUUUGGAGCUGUUUGCACGGAGCCUUCAGCCCGGAUGGACCAGUUGGGGCAACGAGGUGCUAAAAUUUCAGCACAUUAGCUAUUUCAAUGUGACACCUGCAGACACUUUAAAAGCUGAGAGCACAGAUGAGCUUUCAGUUCACCUGUGAAAACCUGUCCGUCCUAAAUGACUGAUGUUCAACCAGUUACAUCAGCCUUUUUUUUAACUUUGGUUUUUAAUAAAGAUUCUGCACCAAA